AUGGAAGGCAGCGAGGAGGUCAAUAUCAUUCAAAUUACACUUAUUGACCCAGAAGAGCAAAAGCACAACAUUCGGCUGACUCCAGCAGAUUUUCUGAUUGAACUGAAGACAUGUUUGGCUGACUACGCACCCACUUCUUACUUUACAAAUUACCAUUUUGAAUCCUCAGGACACACACUAAGCGAUUAUGUCGAGCUCGCUGAGCAAGGACUUCAGUCAGGCUCCACAGUCCGCAUUGUGCUGGACCCAUAUAACGAAAAGGCCAUAAAGACACACAUUAAAAGGAUAAAAGACACAAUAGCGAACCCAUCUCCCCCGAAAUCAAACAUUUUUGUGCAGGAAAAAGAAGAAACCAAGACCCUUUCUACAGCUCCAGAUAGUUCUUUACCUUUAUUAGACCAACAAGAACUGCUUUGUGUGCCUAACAAGCUGCUUUCUCCUCCAUCACAGCUGCCUAUAUAUGAGACUGAUAUAGAGGAAAUCUCAACAGAAUUGCCAAAGUGUGUGGGCGCGAUUAAUUUUUAUGAAUUAAGGACUCCUUCACCAAAAAGAAGACUUUGUGGAGAUUUGGCUUAUCUUGUGGUCCAGACACUGGAAGGGGAAACUUAUUACAUUACUUGCUCAGUUGUCGGAUUUUAUGUGAAUGCUACCACAAGUGAUAAUGGGAGCAUCAUAUUUAGACCUGAAAUAUCAGAUAAAAAAAUUGCAGGGAAAACAUUGGUGGAAUUAUUGAAAACAGUGAGUAUACUUGAUAAAUUUUAUUUUUAUUUUGGGGUAAAUGGGAUUUAUUAUCUUAUAUUUAUUUUUCUAGGGGAUAAGAAAUUUAAAGAUGACUGGCAAUUGCUAUUAGUAAAAGCUGCAGAAUCAGAAAACUACAAAGAAAUAAAAACAAGCUUGCCAACUCCAGAAUGGAUUGUCCAAGUCAAGCCAGAACCUCAAAGAGAAACAGAGUUUGACGUAGAAAGUAUAAGAGACUGGAACGAAGAGUUCCAAAUGAUAAGAGACCUUCCUGCAGAGUCUCCUUUACAGAGGAUACAAAAAGAUAAAGCUUUAGCCAAAGUCUACUCAGACUUUUUAGAAGUAGCCGUAAAAGGUGCAAAAACAAUAAUUGCUGGUGGCUUGAAGCCAUUAAACCCAAUGGAUCCUCUAAAGCAGCAGCUUUUCAUAUUUAACCAUAUUUUUUUCAGCUUCAUAGACGACUCAGAGUACGUCCAACAUCAAGGCCCAGAUGCUUGUUACACCUUGAUUUCUGCAAACCACGACCUAAGAGCCAUAAAAUUCUUAUGCAAUGCUGAAAUCCCUGGCCUGCACUGCAUUGCAAGUGCAUUUGUAGAUUACAGGGGCUAUAGAGUUUUGUGUCAAAGCAUCAUUCCAGGUAUUUUGGACAGAACUCCAGAAACCAGUGCUCAAUACGGCAGCAUUGACGAUGGUAAAACCAUCCAUACAGACCCAGAAUUCCACGAAAUCAUGAAGCAAAUCUGUGAAAAACUCUGCCUUUCCAAAUCAGUCGUCCUAGACUACGAAGGAAACAAGCACGAAAUUUGGGGAGCUGUAGAUUCCAAAGGGAUCAGAGGAUCUGAUCAAAGAAAAUAUUUCUUGGAAACCCUACGACUUACCCCACGAGACGCAAACUUUUUAGGAGAAGAAUACGCCCUUUGUUUAUUGAGGCCUGAAUUAGUAGAGCAAUUCCAGCAGAUCAAGACUAACGAGUUUAUCGAAAACAAAGCUGAAGAAGCCAUUAAGAAAAAGAAGGAAGAAAAUACAGAAGAAAGCAAGUUGACCAUUGAAGAACUACAAGAAAUAGUCAAAGCAGCACCAAAGCUGGAAUUCAAUCCAAAUGUGUUCACGUCUGCAAAACUUGCUGAAGGACAAGAAGAAAGCGAACAAAAAGUGCUUGAAAUCAGCACAUUUUUGAGAGAAAAGCAGCUGCCAUUGGUUGCAAAGUUAAUUUGCAAUGAUGAUGGAAGCUGGACAAGAGUAGGGAACAGCUUUAUUGAAGUGCUGCACAGGUUUGGAGUCAAUGCUAGAUAUUUAGGAAAAAUCAGCACUUUAAUAGCAGAGCCAGAGCACAAACACGUGAAAAUUAUGUGUGAAAGACUUGCAGUGGCAAGAAGUGCCAAAAGAGUUAUUAAUGAGCACUUAAGAAACACAUCAGACCUUUAUCUUGCAGAAACUAUUGCCCACCUAUUAAACUGUUUAAUGAACAAUUUGUCAGCUACCCAAGAGUCAAAAUCAGGGAAAAAAAGGAGAAAUAAGAAAAGCAAAAAGGCGCAGUCAGAAGUCAAAGCCAACCUUAUUGAGUUUGAAAGGCCAGAAGCCUUACAGAUUACCCCAGAAAUCUUGUGGGGACAAAUAAAGGCUAGAGCUGACAAGCACUUUGGCUUGAAUCUGCCUAAUAGGAUUGAGUUCUGGGAAGCAGCAAGCUCUCCAGGGCUUAGAAUUGCCUUUUUAAGAGAAGUUUGUUUACAAACAGGCAUCCAGCUGAACCACUCAGUAUCUUUUGAUUCACCUUUUACCUCUGAAAGCGUUGCAAGCCUCAACAUUCGUGUAAAAUCAAUAGAAUGGAAAAGCAUGGAAAGCCGAUGGCUUUAUGAAAACGCCAUGAAAUCCCUUAACGAGCAGAAUAUUGACAUGGCGGCCGAAAUGCUAAUACAGAGCGCAGGUAUCCAAGAGCAGGUUUCAGGGCCACUUCAUCAUGAUAUCAGUUUUGUUUACCAGAAACUAAGCCAAAUUUAUCUUUCACAAGGAGAUUUGCACCAAGCAAUAAACUACCAGCACAAAGCAAUAUUGAUUAUGGAAAGAAUUCUCGGGAAUGACCAUCUUAUGGUUGGCCAAAGCUACAUGAAUUUCGGGUAUCUUUAUCAAGGUAUCAGUAAGUAUAAGCGCGCUAUGAAACAUAUGUUGCAUGCUUUGCAGAUUUUCUUUGUAAACAGUGGAGAAAUGAGCCCAGAAGCUAUACCAGCUUUGCUUAGCAUUGGAGUUAUGUAUAGAGAGCUUGGACUUCAUGAUACUUCUAUAGGAGUUUUGUCUCAUGUCAUGGAAAUGUGUUUAGCACUUUAUGGAGAAAAAAACUUAAGGGUUGCAGAAUCCUCACAGAUUUUGGCAACUGAGUAUAAGUUCAUGAAAGAUUAUGAAGCUUCUAAGCUGUGGGAAACUAGAGCCCUUGAUAUUUUUAAAGCAAUUCUACCGGAAAACCAUCCAAGAAUGAAGGAAUGUGAAGAAAACAUCGAAAACUUGAAGAAACUUGCGGCUGGGACUAUUGCAACUGAUCCUAACCUUGCAAACCAAAGAAAUGCAAGACCUAAUGACAAAAAAGCAUACUUAAAACAAAAACUACACGCCAGAAAGAUGAAAGCCAAGCUCGGUCUCCCAAUGCACCAACUCUACCAAGCUACUGCAUUUGAUGAGAUGCCAGGAAGAAUGACAAAAGAACAGAUAGACCAAGAAAAAUUGAAGAAAAUCUUUGAAGAAAUCCAGAAAAAGGAAGAAACUAAAUAG